GAUCCGAGGAGACAGUGAGCUGUAGGUUGAGUGGAAGUCGGUGGAGUCACAUAUUAAAUCACAGGCUUCAUCUGAGGACUUACUUGACGUCCAGCUUUGCGUUGUUUUGUGUGUGUGUGUUGUUUUUUUCGCCUCUUUUGCCGGUUUAUAGGAUAUGUUGCUGCAUAUUUUUGACGUGCAGCCACAGGUUGACAGAUUUAAUCCAGUCACCAUGGAUUAUUCCUCUUCAUCUCGAGUCGACUGUCACUGACGAGAUCGAAAUGGGCACCAUUGAGAGAUCUCUGAUGAUUGAGAAAGAGACAAACUGAUCAUAUCAAGUGUGCGGAGACGCAGGCAACAUCUGUGUGAAGCGACGCAAAAUUUCGGGAGACAACCGAGGACCUGUGGAAGGAGCUAUAUGCAAGGAGGCGAAGCGAAAAGAUGACGGGAUGGCCGUGACAACAUGAAAAAGAAAAAGUGUGGUGCUCGAUUUUCAUCCAGCCAGUGAUUCAACACAACUAACCUGGGGGACAGGGACUGAGCGAGAAGAGGUAGGAGACAGGUGCGUGGCCACAGCAGUGACCAUGGAGCCUCCCCCCACUCUGAGCUUGGCUCUGCUCGGAGGGAGCGAGGAUGAGGACCAGCGCUUCCUCCUUCCCCUGGGCAGUAUAUCCCAUCCCUCCACCACUGGCAACCAGCCAGGAUCAAACCACUCCAACCACAUGGGAGGAUCAAGCCUCGACCGUCUAAAUGGCAGCACCCCGUCACCAUCCCCUGCCACGCCCAACUUGCCUCCAGCAUCGCUCCCCAAAUUGCCCCUGUCAUCCUCUGGAACCCAGCCUCUGCCCCCACCCAUCCCCAAUGCCCUGCACCCCACCAGCACCCCGCUCUCCUCCUGCCUGGGUUCGCAGCACAGCCUGAGUGGGGAUUCCCCGGUCUACAACGCCCUCUUUUACUCCUCCCACUCGCCCUCUAUGGAGCGGGAGAGGGACAGGGAGCGUGACAGGGAGAGGGGUUGCAAACACAGACAGGCCAGCCCUCUGGUUCACCGUAGGGACAGUAACCCCUUCACAGAGAUCGCCAUGAGCUCCUGUAAGUACACAGGUGGGGUCAUGAAGCCCCUGAGCCGCCUCAGCGCCUCCCGCAGAAACCUCUUGAAUCAGACAGCAGCAGCGAAACCAAAGAGGGUGGAGUUUCAGCUGUUGCCGGGGCGACGGCUGCUGGGGGGCAUGACCGACAGCGAGACCCCUCCUACCUCCUUGGUGGCCCAGUGCUCUACCAAUCAACCUCUAAUUCAGAGCCCCCCUGAGAUUGUGAUUUCAUCCAAAGAAGACUCGCCGUACCCCAGAGCCGGGUAUGAUAUCACGGACUCCACAUCCAACCAGAUGUCGAUCUACCACCAGAACCACACUCUGGUGGAGAGCAGGCGGGCACAGCCAGGGAGGGGAAGCAGGCAGGGAGGGGUUGGGGUGGUGGGCACUGGGGCCAGGGGCAGCACCUCCAAGGCCUCCAAACGGAAGAACCAAAACAUUGGCUAUAAACUGGGGCAUCGCAGGGCGCUUUUCGAGAAGAGAAAGAGGCUAAGUGACUAUGCCCUCAUCUUUGGAAUGUUUGGCAUUGUGGUCAUGGUGAUUGAGACGGAGCUGUCGUGGGGCGUGUACACCAAGAGCUCCAUGUAUUCUCUGGCCCUGAAGUGUCUGAUCAGUCUAUCCACAGUCAUACUGCUGGGCCUCAUCAUAGCCUACCAUGCACGGGAAGUUCAGCUGUUCGUCAUCGACAACGGAGCGGACGACUGGCGCAUCGCUAUGACUAUGGAGAGGGUUCUGCUGAUCGCUCUGGAGCUGCUGGUGUCUGCGGUGCACCCCGUGCCUGGGGACUUUAAGUUUCAGUGGCGGGCGCGGCUUGCUUUCUCGUAUACACCAUCGCAGGCCGAGGCUGACGUGGACAUGGUGCUGAGUGUACCCAUGUUCCUGCGCCUCUACCUCAUCGCCAGAGUAAUGCUUCUACACAGCAAACUCUUCACCGAUGCCUCCUCCAGGAGUAUAGGUGCCCUAAAUAAGGUGCAUUUUAACACACGGUUUGUAAUGAAAACCCUCAUGACUAUCUGCCCCGGGACGGUGCUGCUGGUCUUCAGCAUCUCUCUAUGGAUCAUUGCUGCCUGGACCGUACGAGUAUGCGAGAGGUAUCAUGAUGCCCAGGAUGUGACCAGUAACUUCCUUGGCGCCAUGUGGCUUAUAUCCAUCACUUUCUUGUCCAUCGGCUAUGGAGACAUGGUUCCUCACACCUACUGUGGCAAAGGAGUCUGUCUGCUCACAGGAAUCAUGGGUGCUGGCUGUACGGCUCUGGUGGUUGCUGUGGUAGCCAGGAAGCUGGAGCUGACCAAGGCUGAGAAACACGUACACAACUUCAUGAUGGACACGCAACUCACCAAGAGGAUAAAGAAUGCAGCGGCUAACGUGCUAAGGGAAACCUGGCUCAUCUACAAACACACCAAGCUGAUGAAGAAGAUCGACCACUCCAGGGUCCGCAAACACCAGCGGAAGUUUCUACAGGCCAUACAUCAAUUACGCAGUGUAAAAAUGGAGCAGAGGAAACUCAGUGAUCAGGCUAACACACUAGUGGACCUCUCAAAGAUGCAGAGCGUCAUGUAUGAGCUUAUGUCGGAGCUCAACGACCGCAGCGAGGACUUAGAGCGUCAGAUGCUGUCAUUGGAGCAACGGGUGGAGCAGCUCACCGCCGGCUUCAACACCCUGCCUGCCCACCUCUCGGCCACCCUCAGCGCCCAGCACGCCGCCCUGGUCCACUUGCUUCGAGAGAGGGAUGCGAGGGAUGGCAGAGGAGGUGGUGGAGGAGGUGCUGUGGUCCCACUGUCCCCAGCUGCCUCUUUAACCACUGCUCCAACUUCAGUUUCUCCAGUCCAGGUCGCAUCUCCAGUGCUGCCCCCAUCCCAGGUCCCUACUUUGGCCUUGGAGUCCCCUCAGUCGCCCCCACCACUGAGCCCAGAAGAGAGCCUGGAGGCCAGUCCCAACCUCAACACCUGCACUUCUAGCUGCUGAAGACAGCUCUGAGGACGAGGAGAAGACAAAUAUGGAAAUGAAACAGGGAGAGUGUGGGGGUGGGGGGGCCUGUGCUAGUCCUCUCACUUCAGACUUAAGGAGAGGAACGAGGAGGGAGGUGGGAGGUGAUCCUCUGAAACUAACACUCCAUGAGGGAGGGACAGGAUGUGACUAUGAGGAAAAAUAAUAGGAUUAAGAUGGAGGGCCAGUAUGAACGAUGAGACAUGUUAGGGACUUUGGGGCGCUUUCCCUGACGAGGGAAGGAGAAGAAAAAUGGAGAUAAAAUGGAGACUCUAAAAGGUGUGUGUGUGGGGGGAGGGGGAGGGGGGUUGUCAAGAGGGUGAGAAAUGGAGGUAGAGAGGAUGAAGAGGUGGAAGGAGAGAGAACGAGAAAUAAUUAGGAAUAAUUAUAUGAACUCAGAGCUCCUAAAUGGAAUCACUCAUACUGAAAAAGGCCUUUAUUUCUCUCUCUAUCUCUCUCUCUUUCCUCCCCCCCUCUCCCUAUCCCUCUCUCCUUUCAUCAGGAAUUAAUGACCAUGACUUUUUAUCCUUAUGAUGUAUUUUCUAUCUGAAUGCUAAUUGUGUGUUAACGAGCAUCCCUUUAACAGAAGGUUCGAUCAAUACGACCAUGGUAAAAAAACUAGUGGCAUGCGCCAUACACACACACACACACACAGACACGUAUAAAUACACACACAACAUAUAUCAACACGCCAUCCAUGCAAUACAAGUUAACACAGCACAAACAUCUUUUACAAUGCAGGCCCUAUUUAAACUCACACAAACAAAUGAAUGCAGCAGCCCACAAUAUAAUACUAAAGCCUAUACUGCCAAGCACUCAAUGCACUGUCAAUCUCCACAGACCACUGCCAAGCGAUGUGGACACACUGUAAGAAAUGUUCAUCCAAACGACUUAUCUUUUGUGGGUGUGAGCUAAUGCAGUAGUUUAGACUUACAAUGCAUAGUUGUGACAUUUUAACUACUCCGUUGGGAGAAUCAUAACCAUUCAUUGAACUACACAAAUCAAGUUGAAUUUAGUUGGCAUGACACUGAGAGCCAUGACUCAUCAUAACAUGUGUUUGUGAUGAGGAAGACAGAAGCAGAUGAUAAAACAACCUAAUACAACUACAAUAGGACUUCAUUACUGCAUUUAUGGAAUUACAGAUUAUGUUGAACUGAUGUUUAAGUGUAUUUGUAGGUUUGCUGUAUUGAAAUGAGUCUUUAAACAUUUUUUGAUCGUUUAAUUUAUGUGAAUGUUUCUUAUGAAACCCUCAGAAAAAUUAUAGUUGUAUCAAGUGCAUUAAUACUGGGAUGGUUGUUGCAAGAAAGAAUAGAUAACAACAUUUAUUAAACUGGCAUUUCAAUCUGGUUGAUUAAUUUUGAAGGUGGUAUCACAACUAUGAAACACUGACUACAAGAACGAGCCUUGCACAAACCUAAUGCUCCACAUUUGGUGUGUUCUCAUUUCUUGUUGUUAGAUUUACUGGAGUCUAUCUACCGACAGGUCUGCUGCAGACAGUUAAAAUAACAGUCAAAAUGUUAUCCAUCAAUAAUAAAUUAUCUGCUUAUUCUUUUACUUAGAUUUGGCUUACAGUAAGUCAGGGGAAUCUGACUGACUGGGAUGCUAUAGUAUCUGUUGUUUUGCUUUCGUUCUCUGAAAAAAAUGUUAGAAUUACUAAAAUAUGGAUUUUUACAUUAGUAAUUUAAUUCACUUGGGAGAGGAAAUUACUUAGCUGUGUGAUUAUAAGUUGAUGUGAUUAAUAUUUUUUUCAGUGUUUGGUUGGGUCUAUGACCCUUUAUGAAGGGAAGAAGACCUUACAUACUGCCAUUAUUUUUCAAGCUUGCAGUCCCAAAACAACGCACUGUUAACAUGAAUGUAUUCUGUGUAAAGAAAAACACUCUCGCUUGCUCGAUCACUUAAACUGCCACGCAGACAGAGGAACAGACACCCCCACACACGUACACAGAUAUAAACACACCUCGACAACCAAAGUGCUCUCUCUUUAAAUGGACUUCAAUAAGAGGCAGGGAACAUUGCUGUCACUGGGGACAAAAGAUAGCAGGAGGCGUUGCAGAUAUCUUGACAAUAUUUCUGAGGGAAUAACUGUGAAAAUCUGGGCAUGGACUUGUUACAGUGCUGUACAAGGAAUGCUCUUCACUGCUUUAAAACAGAUCAAGGUGGACUACGGAUGAACACAAGGGAACACAAAUUAACCUUAUAAAGGAUAAAUGGCCAUGAAGGAACAGCUGUUUAUGAAAUAAAUACAACAUAGAAACAAAGAUUAUAAUGGUGUGAUGGGGAAAAAGACAAGCCUAUCCUUGCAUUGGAGACAAUAUCGAAAACUGUCUUAUAGCGACACGCUGUGGCCGAAAAACUGAAUUACAUACGCUUGGAAUAUUGUAUAGUAUGCUGUUAACGAAAUCUAGCUUUGUAUUGCUUAGUCUUUUCUACCAUUAUGAUUAAACGCAGUUCUAGCUGAUAUCUAAUAUUACUAAACUAUAGUAUUCUUCUCAUUCAUCAUGACAAUUAUGAUAUAUGUAUUAACAAUACGUUAAAUAAUUAUGAACAAGGAAAGUGCCGUUUGAGGUUGAAAUUAUUUUGUAAUUUUAUUUUAUCAGAGAGAAUUAAUAAAGUAUAUAUCUAUAACAUUAUAGCUUCCAUGUUUUCUGUGUCGCUAUUAUGUAUUCUAUUAUUUAUUUUUAUGUUUAUUUAUUUAAAAUUGCUUUAGAAAAAUAAAACGCACUUUAUUGUAGGCCUACAGUUCACGCAGUACAGGUUGGAUGGUUUCAUUCCGUUUCAUUCAAUUUCCUGUGUGACAGCAGAAAGCACAUUUUGUAGGUAAUUUUGUGCGUCCCCAAACCGGAGGAAUUUACCGGACACAACCUACUGUAACAAACUAAGUUUCGAGUUGGCUAUUUUACAUAUUUAUAAGAGUGUGAGAGCGGCCAACUUACUUCUGGAGCACAAUAAAGUUGUGUAUAUUGUGUUUGUAACGAAAAAAUUAAGAGAGUUAUUUUUGCACCGAUGUGAAGGAUGUUUACAUUCAUGGACGACCAUCAGGACGCUAUGGAUUCAAACCACAGUAUAUGA